AACAACGUCGACGAUAGUGGCCGGAAUUGGACGCCGGAAAAUCAGAAAAUUAUGUCGUCGAAUUUAGUCAACGCUUCGUUCACUUCACAAGCGUCAUACCAAGAAUCUGGAGUUCCUCGGAUCCCAUACAUGACAGCUCGAAUAUUCCGAUCUGAGUUCACCUACAGUUUUCCAGUCACUCCCGGUUCGAAAUUUCUCCGGUUCUACUUUUACCCGACCCGAUACGGAUCCGAAUUCAACGCCGUCAAUUCCUUCUUCUCCGUCAAAGUCAACGGUUUCACUCUCUUGAACAACUUCAGCGCUGACUUAACGGUAAAAGCUUCUAAAACCAAAACUGAGUUUAUAAUCAAAGAGUUUCUUAUUCCGGUUUACCAAACGUUGAAUCUCACGUUCACGCCGUCUGAGAAUUCGUUAGCUUUCGUUAACGGAAUCGAGAUUGUCUCCAUGCCUGACCGGUUUUACUCAAAGGGAGGAUUUGACGACGUUAUAACUAACGUUGGUAGUUCCGUUGACUUUCAUAUAGAAAACUCAACGGCUUUUGAGACAGUUUACCGGUUAAACGUAGGCGGUCAAACGGUCGGAGAUUCGGGAAUGUUCCGAAGAUGGCUCUCUGAUGAUGAAGUCAUACUCAGUGAAAGUUCAGGAACCUCUCCGAUCGUACCAGAUAUAAAGAUUAACUACACGGAGAAAACUCCGGCGUACGUUGCGCCGGAUGACGUGUAUGCCACGUCUCGCUCAAUGGGGAACGCAGAUAACCCUGAGCAAAACCUAAAUUUCAACCUGACGUGGUUAUUCACCGUUGACGCCGGGUUUAGCUACCUUGUGAGGCUUCAUUUUUGUGAGACUCUACUGGAAGUGAACAAAGAGGGUCAACGCGUUUUCUCCAUCUUCAUAGAAAACCAAAUGGCUACGCUUGAGAUGGACGUGUUUCGGAUGAGUGGUGGUUCUUGGAUUCCAAUGUAUCUAGAUUAUAUUGUGAUUGUGGGUUCCGGAAGUGGUCCGAGACAUGAUCUAAGGCUUGACUUGCAUCCUUUAAGAAGCGUUAAUCCAAAGUAUUAUGAUGCUAUUCUGAAUGGUGUAGAGAUUCUCAAGCUGAAUGAUCCUGAUGGUAAUCUUGCCGGACCUAAUCCAGAUCCUUCAACGAAUUCAACACCAAACCGUGAAACGCCGUUGAUCCGAAAAGGUAAUAAUAACUCACAUGUUUUGGCGAUCACACUUGCAGUGGUUGGUUCUUCAAUUGUUCUAGCAAUGUUUGUUGUUGGUGGUGUUUUUAUCAUGAAGAGGAAGAAGAAGAAGAAGAGCAACGAGUUUAGUGUACAUAACACGAGCUCUUCAUGGAGUCCUCUUCCGCAAGGGAGAGGUUCCACGAAUACAAAACCAGCGAAAUCUCUCCCCUCUGGUCUCUGCCGUCGAUUCUCCAUUUUUGAAAUCAAAUCUGCCACAAACGAUUUUGAGGAAAACCUAAUCGUUGGAGUAGGCGGGUUUGGUUCUGUCUACAAAGGACGAAUAGACGGUGGAGCCACACUUGUUGCAGUUAAACGGCUGGAAAUUACGUCAAACCAAGGUGCUAAAGAGUUUGAAACAGAGCUCGAGAUGCUCUCAAAGCUUAGACAUGUACAUCUCGUCUCUUUGAUCGGAUACUGCGACGAUGAAAACGAGAUGAUACUUGUCUAUGAGUAUAUGCCACAUGGUACACUUAAAGAUCAUCUUUUCAAGAGGGGCAAGGCUGCUCCUCCAUUGUCGUGGAAACGAAGGCUAGAGAUUUGCAUUGGAGCGGCUCGUGGACUACAAUAUCUCCAUACAGGCGCAAAGCACACGAUCAUACAUCGUGAUAUCAAAACCACAAACAUACUUCUCGAUGAGAACUUCGUCGCUAAAGUAUCUGACUUUGGUUUAUCAAGAGUUGGUCCUACUAGUGCUUCUCAAACGCAUGUCUCCACCGUCGUUAAAGGCACGCCUGGUUAUUUGGACCCCGAGUACUACCGCCGUCAAAUCUUGACCGAAAAAUCCGACGUAUACUCCUUCGGAGUUGUUCUGUUUGAGGUUUUGUGUUGUAGACCGAUCAAAAUGCGAAGUGUUCCAGCGGAACAAGCAGAUUUGAUACAAUGGGUGAAGACAAACUACAAAAGAGGAACUGUUGAUCAGAUCAUUGACUCAGAUCUAACGGCUGACAUCACUUCGAUUUCAAUGGAUAAGUUUUGUGAAAUAGCCGUUAGAUGUGUUCAAGAUCGUGGUAUUGAACGGCCAUCAAUGAACGAUGUUGUUUGGGCGCUUGAGUUUGCGCUUCAGCUUCACGAGACUGCUAAGAAGAAGAAUGUCAAUGUGGAGUCUCUAGAUGUAAUGCCACAAGGUGAGGCGGGUACGACGACUGACGGAGAAGAUGACUUGUUUAGUAGGACUACAGGACACGUGGGGAAAUCGACCACGACCGAUGACUCUGUUCCAGUUGUUGGUGAUGAGAGGAGUGGUUCGAGUUGGGGAGUCUUUUCGGAGAUCAAUGAACCUAAAGCACGGUAGAUUUGAUGGCUUGGUGAACAAGUAUUACAUUCUGGUUAGGGUUAAUAUAUUUGUGUAUGUAUAAUUGUUGAAUUAAGAAAAUAUUGUAUUUAAA